CUGGACGAGGCUGGUGUUCGCCUCGAGGGGCCAACAUCCGCUGACCAGGAGCUGGAGCGGUUGCGUGACUGCCUUGGUGCAGCCGUGCCUGCCCGGCUCCGCAAGGUGGCCUCCGCACUAGUGCCGGGCCGGCGUGCACUACCUGUGCCGGUCUACAUGCUGGUGCCUGCCCCGGCCCGGGAGGAUGACUCCUGCACUGACUCGGCCGAGGGCACGCCGGUCAACUUCUCCAGUGCCGCCUCGCUCAGCGAUGAGACGCUGCAGGGACCACACAGGGAUGGCGGGCGUGUAGAUGGCCAGAAGCCCGCAGGCCGCACCGCCCCCACAAAGCAGCCUGCAGGACACCAGCACAGGGCAGGAGGUAUGGGCCGGAAAACAGAGCAGCCCCGAGGGGCUGGCAGGAGCCGGGCGGGGUUGGAGCUGCCCCUC